AUGGACAUUGAUUUGAAGGAUUGGGGCAUACCUUCAAUGUAUGACACCAACAAAGGUGUACCACUGAGGUAUGCGGAUUUCUUUCAAAUGCUCAACGUCUACCUGGAUAGAUUUCCUCCCAACCCCAAACUGGUUAUCGUUGUCAUCCCAUCAUUGACAAUCUCAGAGAUCAUUGAGGUCUCAAGACGAAACAACUCAGAGCACAUCUUCAGAGUUGGCGUACAACUGCAGCACUAUCUGAACAUCAGGUCCAACACGCUACGCCCCACUGGCAUUCCAUUAGAAGACUGUGUCGAAUCCAUUAUCGAGAUUCGAACAAACAAUGGACUUGAGAGCCAUUCAGAGGAAUGGUUCUGGAAUCAGCUUGCCAACCAAAACAUGGACUCGGAACUUGAUGGAACCAACAUGCACAACACCCAAGGUUUACCGCCUCUCACUCCAGCUCUCCAGAACAAACAAGUCAUCAAUCAGUCAAUCUCCCAGAUGUUCUUAUUCUUUUUGGGAUCAUGGGUCAGCGAUAUUCUCUGGAGAGGCAACAACAUCACCCACAUCAAGGCUUUCCCAAAGAUUGUCAGAGACUCGGAGAAUCAGAUCGAUUGGAACAGUGUUGCCAUGCAACAAACGUUGUCCACCAACAGGGUGGACUUGGCAUCAUACCCCCAUUGCCCCAUGCGACACUUCAAAGAUCUUUGGAGGAUGGCGCAUCCAUUCGCCACCUAUCGAUCGGCGCCAAAGUCUGGAAGCUCAGACUUCUAA